AUGUCAACUGAAAAUAAUUAUUUUGCUCCAUUAAGCCAAAUACCAGCAAAUGAUGAUAUUGAUGAAUCAAUCAAUGUUAAAAAAAGAAGAACACGUGCCACAUAUCGAUUUUUAAAUACAAUUGUUUCGUGGGAAUAUUAUCAAAACACCAGUAAAUAUGGUGGAAUCGUUCAAUGCCACCGUUGCCAAACAUUUGAAAAGCAAAAACCCAAUAUUGAAAAUCAUAAUACCAAAUGUACCAACAGUAAAGAAAGCCACCAAGCCAGUUCAACUAAAUGUAAAGUAGGAGCUGAAUAUAUUGAAUUACAGGUUGCCUUAAAAUUACGCAAGGAUAGAGAAAACGGAGGCCACGGUUUCGUAGGAAUUUUUGUUAAGCGUGGAAUAAAGAACCAUAUAUUUUCUAAUCUUUAUACUGAAAUUCUGGAAACCAUUUCUAUUAAAAUAUUAUCUAGUUCUGGUGAUUACCUGGUGAUAGCAGCUUAUUUCAAAGGAGGUAAUAGUAAUUCCGAUUUAAACACUAAAUUUAAACGAGAUUUGAGUCUUUUUUCUAGAUUGCCAUAUAAAUACUUAUUGAUUGGUGAUCUGAACUGCAGAUAUACUUUUUGGAAUUGUAUAGCUAAUAACCAUUGGUGGAAAAUACUUCACGAAAAUACUAACAAUAUGAAAUUUCAUAAUAUAUUUUCCAUCUACACCAACACAUUUUCCCAGAACUUUAAGAGGAAAUCCUUCAACAAUAGACAAAACUUUCCGGUUUUAUUCGAUUUAGAUGGCCAACCACAAAAAAGUGAGUGCGACUCUUUAUUCAAUUUUGCAAUGGAAAACUGGAAAACAUUUUUACGAUAUAUUGAACAGAAUUUACCAAAUAUUGAUAUCGAUACCAAGCAGGAUAUUGACGAAUAUUUAUCCAGAUUUAUAUCACUUUUAAAUAAUGCUGCAAAGUGUUUAGUUCUAAUUUUGAAAAUUAAACCCGCAAAUAAAAAUAAACUUCUCCCCAAUAUACAUGAUAUAACAAGUUCUCGUAAUAUGCUUCUUAUACAAUGGCAAAGAAACAGAAACGGUAAUACAAAAAAAUUGCUUCUAAGUAACGCGGAAAAAGCUAGUGCACUAGCCGAUUUUUUUAGCGAACUGGAUCCACUUGCACGCAACCCUAGUGAUUCACAAACUGAGAAUGCAGCUAAUUUAAAUUUACGCACUUUAUUAAGUAUAAAUAUUAACACAAAUUCUAUACACAAAUUCACUUCUGAGGAAUUAAAAAACAUUAUUGAAACACGAAAAGACAACAAAAGUCCUGGUGAAGAUGGAAUUAAUAAUGAAAUGUUAAAAAUGCUACCGAAAUAA